GGUCUGGUGCAUGGAGGAAGAUACAUCAAGACAAAGAGACUCUAUCUCUCUCACACCCAUGGCCAACGGUCUGGAGAACCAGGGGGCUGAGUUCUUGGAAAGCCUGGAGGAAGGCCGGGGCCCUGGCAGUGACUGGAGUCCUGAAGAGGGUGGGGGCAGUUGGAGCAAGGCAGGAUCCAAACCCUUCUCCAGAUGGAGGAGCCUGCAGCUGGCCACACGAGUGAGACACCUCUGCAGGGAGCAUGCACAGCUGUUUGGAUGGAUCCUCACAGGCCUGCUCUGCACUGCAUUCACUGCCUUCCUGCUGAUCGCCUGCCUCCUGGAUUUCCAGAGGGCCUUGGCACUGUUUGUCUUCACUUGUGUGGUCCUCACUUUCCUGGCCUACAGCCAGUUGAAGAGACUUCUUGGGCCAAAGCUGAUGAGAUGUUUCAAGCCUCUUGGAAAUUCCCGCCUGAAAUUCUGGCUUAACAGGGCUCUCGUCUUUGCUGCUUUGCUGUUCCUGAUCCUGUGGCUGAUUCUGGACACCUCCCGGCGGCCUGAGCAGCUGGUGUCCUUUGCAGGGAUCUGCGUGUUCGUCCUCCUUCUCUUUGCCUGCUCGAAGCAUCACCGUGCGGUGUCCUGGAGGGCUGUGUGCUGGGGCCUUGGGUUACAGUUUGUACUUGGACUCUUUGUCAUCAGAACGGAACCAGGAUUUAUUGCAUUCCAGUGGCUGGGUGACCAGAUUCAGACCUUCCUGAGCUAUACGGAGGCCGGCUCCAGCUUCGUGUUUGGGGAGGCCCUGAUCAAGAACGUCUUUGCCUUUCAGGUUUUGCCCAUCAUUGUUUUCUUCAGCUGUGUCAUGUCAGUUCUCUAUUAUGUGGGCCUCAUGCCAUGGGUGAUCAUGAAGAUUGCCUGGCUGAUGCAGAUCACUAUGGGCACUUCGGCCACUGAGACCCUUAGUGUGGCGGGGAACAUCUUUGUGAGCCAGACUGAAGCUCCUCUCCUAAUCCGGCCCUACUUGGCAGAUAUGACGCUGUCUGAAAUCCACGUUGUCAUGACUGGAGGCUACGCCACAAUUGCCGGCAGCCUGCUGGGUGCCUACAUCUCCUUUGGGAUCGACGCCACCUCCUUGAUUGCCGCUUCUGUAAUGGCUGCUCCUUGUGCUUUGGCCCUCUCCAAGCUGGUCUACCCGGAGGUGGAGGAGUCCAAGUUUAGGACUGAGGAAGGGGUGAAACUGACCUAUGGAGACGCACAGAACCUCUUAGAAGCAGCCAGCAACGGGGCUGCCAUCUCCGUGAAAAUUGUUGCCAACAUCGCAUCCAACCUUAUUUCAUUCCUGGCGGUGUUGGCCUUUGUCAAUGCUGCCCUCUCCUGGCUGGGGGACAUGGUGGACAUCAAGGGGCUCAGCUUCCAGCUCAUCUGUUCCUACAUCCUGCGGCCUGUGGCCUUUAUGAUGGGUGUGGCUUGGGAAGACUGUGCAGUCGUGGCAGAGCUGCUGGGGAUAAAGCUGUUUCUGAAUGAGUUUGUAGCCUACCAGGAACUAUCCAAGUACAAGCAGCACCGCCUCGCAGGGGCUGAGGAGUGGAUCGGCGACAGGAAGCAGUGGAUCUCUAUCAGAGCAGAAGUCCUCACGACGUUUGCCCUCUGUGGAUUUGCCAACUUCAGCUCCAUUGGGAUCAUGUUGGGAGGCCUGACCUCCAUGGUCCCCCAGCGGAAGAGUGACUUCUCCCAGAUAGUGCUCCGAGCGCUCUUCACUGGGGCCUGUGUGUCCAUGGUGAAUGCCUGUGUGGCAGGGAUUCUGUACAUGCCCAGGGGGCCUAAGGUUGACUGUGUGUCAUUCCUGAACAUGACCCUCAACAGCAGUAGCUUUGAAGUGUACCAGUGCUGCCGUGAGGUCUUUCAGAGCAUCAUCCCUGAGUACAGUGCAGAGGCCCUGGGCAACUGCUGUCGAUUUUACAACCACACAACCUGUGCCUAG